GAACGACCUCCACAACAAAAAAAAAAAAAAAAAAAAAGAUGAGAAAAGAAAGGCAAUAAUGUUUGGCUCAUCCACUCAUCUCUCUCCUUUGGCUAGGAAGUUAACCCAACCCAAGUGAGGUACAAAAAUUGCAGAAGAAAUGGUAAUAGCAGCAGCAACAACAGCAGCUAUUCCUGCUCUUCAAUCUCCAUUUGUAUGUUCCACUCGCAAACUUUCUGCUUUCAACUCUUCUUCUUCCCUGUCACACGCUACAUUGCUCAGAAAUCCACGCUCACCCACUACUACUUAUCCAUGCAUUCGAGCUAUUGAUCUUGAUCAAAACACAAUAGUAGCAAUUUCAGUAGGUUUUGUCAGCGUUGCUAUUGGGAUUGGCAUUCCUGUCUUUUAUGAAACCCAAAUUGACAGUGCUGCAAAGCGAGAUAAUACACAGCCUUGCUUUCCCUGCACUGGCUCUGGGGCUCAAAGAUGUAGGUUUUGCUUAGGGACAGGCAAUGUGACAGUAGAACUUGGUGGGGAUGAGAAGGAAGUAUCUAAAUGCAUCAAUUGUGAUGGCCUUGGUACCCUGACAUGCACCACAUGUCAAGGCUCAGGAAUUCAACCUAGGUAUCUUGAUCGAAGGGAAUUCAAAGAUGACGACUAAGGUCAGCUUACACCUGUGGAUCGCUUGAUACUACUUAUUCAGCAAAAGCAUUGUACCAAAGUCAAGAGUUAGGCUUCUUGUCUUGCCAAAUGCCAUUUUUUAUUUUUUUGUAAUAUGCUAUACAUGAUACACAUUGAGUUUCUAACAUAAAUUUCUUCAGCUCGAAAUUGCUUCUUCUUUGAAUGAUGAUAUAGUAAUUGAUCAGCAAUUAGAUUUCA